GCGCGUGGGGCGGGAGGGUGUCCGGCCCUGCGGUGUAUAAAGUCGCCGGCGCCGGCCGUCCCAGCCACCAUCCGCUGACCGGCCGGCACCAGCGUCCUGCUCUCCGACCAGCCUCUCUGGUCACCGGACACAGCCGCACAGCCGGUGCCGCGCCGCAGCUCGCCAACCUCCGCCAGCAUGUCGCUCUGGACUCUGGUGGCCGCGCUCAGCCUGCUCAGCCUGGCAGAGCCGGGCUCGGCUCAGCAGCCGGUGCUGGGCCGGCCGGCCGAGUCGGCCCGGCUGCCGCUGCCGCCGGCCGCCGCCUCCGCCGCCGCCACCAAGCGCUCGUUCCUGGGCCUGCGGUGCCGCGGCGUGUACGACAAGGGCACGUUCUACGAGCUGGAGACCGUGUGCCGCGACUGUCUGACGCUCUACCAGGAGCCGGAGCUGUACGGCCUGUGUCGCUCGCAGUGCUUCACCACACAGUACUUUGUCGGCUGCCUGGAAGCGCUGCAGCAGGGCAGCGAGGCCGAGCGGCUGGACGCCGCCAUUCGCCGGCUCAGCGGCAGGAAGUAGGUGACGAGAGGAAAGGCGACAUGUCACCGGAUCGGCGAGGACGGACGAACAGAGAGACAGCCGGAUGGCAGGACAGACGUCAGCGGGACGGACAGCGGCACCGCCCUCUGCCAUGGAUCGGCGCGGAGCGCGAGGUGCCCAACGGACGGCGGACCCCCGUACGUUUCGCACGCUUUGGCAGACUGAGUCCCGAACGGUGCCGAAGAGGCGAAACGACAUCACAUUCGACACUAGCCGGAGCUGCGUACGGGCUGGACGCCGCAGCUCCAGCCAGUGGUUGGAAUGAAUAAAAAGUGGAGUGAGCGACAGGCAAAGUACCUAAUUCAUGUGAAGACCCGGUCCUGUAACGAGCAUGUAUAUGUGUUACAAUUGAGGUACUGUGAAUUGGCAGUUAUUUGAACGGUCUGAAA